ACACCCACACACACCCACAAACACACAUACACACACAGAUUAAAGCCCAGGACAGAAUGAAGAGUUUACAGCUAUGAAGAGGGUGGAGCGUGGAAGACAGAGGCCCCAGGGAGGGGGGUGAGACUGAGGAUCUGUGUCUGCUUUCUGGAGAUAACACACACACACACGCACACACACGCUGACAGACAGACAGACCGACCCUGGGGAUAGUGGCAUCGCACUCAACCUACAGCUGUCUUGUGGAGAGAAACGAGGCAUUUCCCCGACACUUCCCCCGUCUAGACAACAUCUUCCCCCCCCAGACGUCUAGCGAGGGAGUCUAGACGUCGUGGCCAGCUGCCCCUACUCUCCCCCCUCCCCCAUCAGGUCAUAGGUCGAGGUGAGAAGAGGUGAGAGUUCGUGGGGGAGUGGAAGAGGUGAGAGGUGAGAGGUCGCUGGGCGGCGAAGAGGUGAGAGGUGAGAGUUCGUCGGGGAGUGGAAGAGGUGAGACUUCGCCAAGGGGAGUGGAAGAGGUGAGAGGUCGGCGAAGAGGCGAGAGGUCGCGGCCAUGGCAACCAGGGUACGGAGCAAGGCCCCUGAUGGGGGAUGGGGUUGGAUGAUCGUCCUUGCUGCCUUCAUCCAGUCGGCCCUGGUCUUCGGGGUCCUGCGAUCCUUUGGCGUCUUUUUCGUCGCCUUCGUCGAGCACUUCUCCGAGUCCGCAAGCUCCGUGUCCUGGAUCACGUCCAUAGCCGUUGCCGUCCAGCAGUUCUGCAGUCCAGUAGCCUCUGCACUCAGUACAUAUUUUGGGGCGCGGAGUGUGGUGAUGUUGGGCGGGGUCAUCUCCAGUUUGGGCCUGGCCUUGGCCAGCCUGGCCACCAGCCUGCUGCACCUCUACCUGUCCAUCGGCCUCCUGUCAGUGUGUGGCUUCGGUUGGGCGCUGGUCUUCACACCGUCGGUGGCGGCAGUGAGCCGCUACUUUAACCUGCGCCGGACGCUGGCGAUGGGCCUGGCCUUCACGGGCGUGGGAAUCUCCUCCUUCGUCUUCUCCCCGCUCUUCCAGUACCUGCUGGACGAGUACACGUGGCGCGGCGCGCUGCUGAUCAUCGCCGCCAUGAUGCUCAACCUGCUGGCCUGCGGCGCCCUGAUCCGACCCUUGACCCUGAAGGAGGACCUGGUCGCGGGGCCCGGGAUGGAGGUGGCCGCUGGGUCCCGCUGCCCGGCCUCGUGUCGGCUCCUCCUCAAUCUGCUGGACCUCCCCCUGCUCCGCCACCUGCCCUUCCUCACGUUCGUGCUGGUCAUCACCUUGAUCAACGCCGGGUAUUUUGUACCGUACUUCCACCUAGUGGCCCACGCGCGCACCAUCGGCUUCGACCAGUACCAGGCCGCCUUCCUCAUGUCUGCCACCGCCAUAGCGGACCUGGUAGGACGUCUGGUCUCGGGCUGGUUCGCCGACAGGCGCCGGCUGCGCCUGGUCCACGUGCUGGCCCUGUGGACCUCGCUCACCGGCCUCAGCCUGGUGCUCAUCCCCUUCGGCCGGCACUACGCCGUGCUCAUGCUGGUCGGUGUGGCCUACGGAUUCUUCUCCGGCGCACUCACGCCCGUCGUCUUCUCCCUCCUCCCGGAUAUCGUGGGCAUCGGACGCAUCUACGGAGCCUUGGGCCUACUGCAGAUGCUGGAGAGCGUGGGCGGGCUCCUGGGCGCGCCCAUAUCAGGUAGACGCUGGGCAAAGGGGCUGUGGUGGGCGCAGAACUGGGCAUCGGGGUUGUGUUGGGCUUGCAAACUCUCUCAAUCAGGGUCAAAAUAUAGGACAAGUUAGCAUGCAGGUACAGCAGGCAGUGAAGAAAGCCAAUGGCCUGUUGGCCUUCAUAACAAGAGGAGUUGAGUACAG